UUGUCACAUAACAAGACUGGCACGUGUUGACUGCCGGAGUCCAUACACACACAAGCCCACUAGGGGGAGCUGUCGGCUUGCAUAACAUUGGCCUACAAAGAACCUGUAAGUUCAACAAACCACCAAUAAGAACCAAUGCAGAAGGGUUACAAAAAAUAAUGGAAAGAAAACAAGGUAUUAUUUGCAUCAAGCCUGUAUUUCUUGCUUAGGAUCCUGAGGAUCGCAUUGCAUCAACAAGUUCAAGAAAAAAUACGGGGAAAGGUUACCUCCCCUUUCUCUGCUUUGCCCGCCCAGAGAAUUGGUCCCGACCGCCCAUGAGAAAAUGAGCUACGACCGUGUGAGCUCAGCCCACAUAGUUCUUUCCUGGAGAGACAUCAUGUCUUGCAAACGAGCGAAGCAUGGCAGUUGCUCAGUGUUUGGAUGUAGUACAAAUGAACACAACAGUUUAUUUUUACUUCCUUCAUCCGAGCCUCUGAAGAAGCAGUGGGUUGAUUUCAUUUUCUCUGGAAAUGAGAAAGUCUGCGCCAAACAUUUCACCGACGACUGCUUCCUCAACUUGGUCCGAUACAAAGCUGGACUUGCUGAACGUCUGGAAAUGGAGUCCGGAUCAGUACCAACUCUCCUCGGCUCAGCUACAAACCUCGGACAAAUCAGCACAUCAAGUGUUUACAUUCAGCUGCUUCUCACAAGGGAUGUUGCCUGCCAUACAGACCACCUGGAAACACGUACUGUAGGCACACAACUAUCCUUAAAGACUUUGCCGCCCCACUUUACAAGUGCAGCCUUUGGAGACCGUAGCACGCAGCGCGGCGCCACCUCGGAGAGUCUGGGUGUGGACGGCCCUGGCUCCUCCCACAUGUCCAGUCACAGCGGGGAGCUGAAGAUCCUGAGCGUCUACGGUAAAGGGGAGGGCCCACUGGCGCUGGACGGCCAUGACACCCUCUUCACCUCGUCAGAAGUGGAGGCCCUGAACUCGCUGUCUGCGGACCACAGCGCGGCCAAGAGCCUGGAGCGCGGCGAGCUGGUCUGCCACGAGGAGCUGAGUGUGCAGCAGCAGACCCCAGACACCAUUUUAAUCAAGGUUGAAGAGGAUAUUGGUGGAGGCAUGCCCGCUGUAGAAGACUGUGAUGCCUUUGGAGACCGUAGCACGCAGCGCGGCGCCACCUCGGAGAGUCUGGGUGUGGACGGCCCUGGCUCCUCCCACAUGUCCAGUCACAGCAGGGAGCUGAGGAUCCUGAGCGUCUACGGUAAAGGGGAGGGCCCACUGGCGGUGGGCGGCCAUGACACCCUCUUCACCGCAUCCGAAGUGGAGGCCCUGAACUCGCUGUCUGCGGACCACAGCGCGGCCAAGAGCCUGGAGCGCGGCGAGCGGCUGGUCUGCCACGAGGAGCUGAGUGUGCAGACUCAAACGACGUCUGCUGCAGCUUUGUUCUCGUCGUCAGAUGAGGAACACCAGUCAGCACCAAUGAUGUCAACACCAGUCAAGCAUCCUCCCUCUGGCCAAGCACCGUUUUCACCAGGCCUCAAUACCAGUGCCAGUAGCCUUGAAGUUGGUGAAACCGACGAAAGCUACCAGCCUGAGUCAACCCUCACCCCCACACCGGCGUCGUCGUCACAAGAUGAAUGUGUAAAGGACUGCCGUGAAAAGAUUAUUGGCAAUGAAUUCAGCCUCAUGUCACUAUUCAAAUUCAAACAUACUGGUGAGAAUAGAUGGCCUUUUUCUCUCGCAUAUUAACAGCCACGUUAACGGCAAUACACUAUGGGGGAGGUGGACAUGUCUGCAAGGAACAACAAUCUACACAACAAAGUAUUCAGUCGAUUGGCCUGGCCUUAGUAUCAGACUUAAUGGCUCCAGUAGGAAUGCAAAUGUGAACUAUCUUUAUGGGGUCAGAACAGUCUCAUUAAUAAUGAAUGCACAGAGAAGGAUUCACAAAUGUAUUUUCUACCCAUGACACAAUUCUUUCAUUUGUGAAUAAAAAAUACAAUGUAUCUCCUGCUUUGUCGACACCAAAGUUCAAAGUUAUAAACUUAGAAGGAGGUAACUGAUAGGCAGCUAACUUAUAGUGCAAUUUAGACUUAUAAUACUUAAUAAAAAUGAUG